UUUUUUUUUUCUUUCUUAUCCGCGCUCCUUUACUUUGUAGUCCUCAUCAAAUCGACCAAGUAAAUCUUCGAGGUAUGUAUCCUACGAAACUGGCUCGCAGCGAUUCGAAUCCAGAAGGAUGAUGCUAUUCACCGUGGCAAGGGAGAGCAAUCGAGGGCGUCGUUAUACGUGAGCCGAUCUUUCAACAAUGGCCGGGUUCUAUUCACGGCUGGCGACAGGUCCACGAUACGCUUCUCCUCUUCAGCACUGGGCGGCAGAACCCUCGCGAUCGAUCGUUGAGGGCACUCUCCUCGCUCUUGAGCCUUGGAAAGGCUAACAACCAUAUUUCAUUCCAGAUACCUCAUUUCCCGUCCCGACUUGAGAAUCUCCUCAAAACUCCACCAAAAUGGUUCGCACUUCCGUCCUCCACGAUGCGCUCAACGCCAUCAACAACGCCGAGAAGGCUGGCAAGCGCCAGGUCCUGAUCCGACCUUCUUCCAAGGUCAUUAUCAAGUUCCUCCAGGUCAUGCAGCGCCACGGAUAUAUCGGAGAGUUCGAGGAGGUCGACGACCACCGAUCCGGCAAGAUUGUCGUCCAGCUCAACGGCCGCCUGAACAAGACUGGUGUCAUCUCCCCCCGCUACAACGUCCGCCUCUCUGAGCUCGAGAAGUGGGUUGUCAAGCUGCUCCCUGCCCGUCAGUUCGGCUAUGUCAUCCUCACAACCUCAGCUGGUAUCAUGGACCACGAGGAGGCCCGACGCAAGCACGUUUCUGGCAAGAUCAUUGGCUUCUUCUACUAAAUGGGACGGGAUACCAAUCAAAAAGUGAUUUCUACAAACUACACAGGGCAUUCUCGGCGUUGAGGCAGGAUGAUGAUGACUAUGACCGAUGCGAUUGAUAGCAACGUCGCUUAUCGCACACGCGAGCACAAGAAUUGAACCUAUGCGAGAUGCUCAGACUCAAGACUCCC